AUGAGACCAAUAAUAAAGCGAACAGAUGCAACAAUGGCGACAAGCCAACGUUGUAGGAAUCGAACUGGGUCAUUUAGCGAUACGACAACACUGCCUCAGACAAGCGAAGUGAAAAAAAUGCGACGUCGUUCUACCCGAACUGGUCUCUCAGUUAGCAGUCGACGAGCUAUUAAUUUCGACGAUUUUGUCAACAAAAGGUUCUUGAAUACUUUACCUUUCCUCUGUAUUAAUCAAAGAGCCAAUGUUAAAACUCAUCAAAUUCAUAUUGAAAUGUGCAAUUGA